GUUUCUGUUAUACAAUCGAUAGCUGGCUGCAUUUGUAGCAGUUUUUACUUGUUUUUAAUUGAAUUAAAACAUAUAAAUUAAAACCAUGUCGCUGCUGCAUAAAUUCUGCCGUAUUAGCCUACAGACUAAUAAUGCCUUUACCCUAAGCCGUCAACUAUCAAUUGCACAGCGUAGUCUCAGCGCCAGCAGCAACAAUAACGAAACAACGACAGCACCGCCAAGCGGCGAAAAUGAGGAGCAGCUAGAGAGCAACAGCAAUAAAGGCGGAUUUGCGCGUGCUUUUGAGAAGUACACGGCGCCAGCAGCUCCCGAGGAGCAGCCAGUGGACAAUCAGAGCUUCGCCUCCAUGCUGCGCCAGUCAAAGUUCAUUGAUCUGGGUGAUGCCGAAGGCAAGGUUGUGAGUGGCAAGAUAUUCCAUGUGGUCGGCGAUGAUUUAUACAUAGAUUUUGGUUGGAAAUUCCACUGCGUCUGCACGCGACCAACGCGCAAUGCCAGUGACUAUGUGCGAGGAGCUCGCGUUCGCCUGCGCGUCAAGGAUCUAGAGUUGUCCACCAAGUUUUUGGGUUCCAGCAAGGAUAUCACCAUACUGGAGGCUGACUGUCAUUUGCUGGGCCUGAUAUCGACACCCACGCGUCAAAGUGCCACAAAAAACGUCCCAUUCAGCGCACCAAAGAUGGAAACAUUGCUAUGA